AUGCCUUCUUGGACACACCUGAUUCGUUUCGUUGCUGUUGAGGACAGCUUGGUCCAUCUUGGUCAACUCGUGGAUACUUCGCGUGAUGCUGGACGCGAUAGUGUUGACGGUGUCGAAAUUGCCGCCUAUGUGAUCGACGGAACUAUUUUCGAUGGUCGCGUUACCAAGGAUAUUAUGCAUGUGAAGCAGCUUCUUUCCCCGGUUUCGCGGGAAGAAUGCAAUUAUAUCCGAUGCUUGGGCUUGAACUACAUGGAUCACGCAAAGGAAGCAAACAUGGCUCUCCCUAAAGCCCCCAUCCUCUUCACGAAGCCCCGCACUGCCCUGAUCGGCCCUUAUCCCGCGGCCAUCAACAUUCCCAAGUGUGCUCAAGACGGCACAAGCGACUAUGAAGCCGAGCUUUGCUUGAUUAUUGGAAAGACUGGUCGGGAUAUUCCGGAGGAAGAAGCUCUGGACUAUGUUCUGGGAUACACUGCCUCGAAUGAUGUUUCUGCCCGAACAAUGCAGUUGCUUACCACCCAAUGGUCCUUCUCUAAGGGCCUGGAUGGAAGUUGCCCAAUUGGGCCCGUUCUGGUUGCUUCUUCCGUCAUCAAAGACCCCCAGACCCUUUCUGUCAAAGCAAUCUAUAAUGGCGCUACCGUUCAAGACGGCCACACACAUGAUAUGAUCUUCUCUAUCAGAAAGCAGAUCUCAUAUCUCUCUCAGGGUACUACCUUGGAAGCGGGUACCAUGUUCCUCACUGGAACCCCAGCGGGUAUUGGGUAUUUCCGUGAGCCUCGGGUUGUGCUGAAGGACGGUGAUGAGAUUUCGAUUUCAAUUGACCAGAUUGGAACUUUGGUCAACAAGGUUCGCUAUGAUACUCGCUAG